GGCGCAUUUCUUCGCGCCACUUCGAUGACAUCAUCCUGUUUGUCAGAUAUGAGUAGCAAAUAAAUACAGGAGAGUUUGCACCCCUUAACGUCGUCAAGCCACGUUGGUUUUAGUUGAAUGGUCUAGUGUUCCCCCGAGACUCGCUAUGCCUAACGUCUUCAACGCUGCCCUGAAGAAGCCCUUGGUGGUGCUGGCUGUUCCUGGAAUCUACCUGGUCUAUAAAAUCAACGAGCUCAAGAAACGUCAGCUAGAAAAAAACAGGAGGAAAGUGACAGAGAGAGAGUUAUCUCAUCUAAACCAUAAAAUAGAUAAACUGUUAGUUAAACUUGAGGAACAUGAGCCAGAAGUUGCUAGGUCACCUGAAGAGGAGUGUGCCAUCUGCAUUAAUGCCAAAGCUACCAUGCAGACGUUUCCAUGUGGUCACAGAGUGGUCUGUAGAAAGUGUUUCGUCAAGACCAUCCAGAUUGCUGUGUCGCAGCGGGUUCUACCUCUUCGUUGUGUGGUGUGUCGCACCAAGAUCCUCAGACUUAAGCAAACCAAUCACGGAUGGAGCACUCCUCUUCCUCAGGCGAAAUCUUUCGAGUCUGGCUCGCACCAGGAGAUUGCGCUGUUAACACCAACGAAUGCUUCUUCUGUUAACUUCGCUUCUGUCAGUGAGAUGUUGAAGGAACCAGAAGGUGUCAUUUCCUCUUCUAUACUGCUUGAUAAGUCGCGAUCAAAUUCGAAACCACCGAUUCAGAAAUACAAGAAGAACAAAAUCUCGGUGGCAACGAACCCUCCAUCUACACGUCGCAUUCCACCAUUAGGCCUUGCACCUCCAGGCAAGCCAGUCACCCGCUCACUUAAACCUGCUGCUACAAAGCAACAUCAGCCUUGGACGAGAGACCCGGAACGCCAUCUUUCUGCGAAUAACGUAGCAAUAGACGAUGUACCACACUUGCCAGGAAAGGUCGAAAUAUUGAAUGUGUCUAUACGUCCACCUCCAAGACACUGCAAGCGUCAAAACCAGGUGUCACUGAGUCGCUCUACUAUUCUCUUUCCCAUUCCAGAGCACGAAGAACACGAGCUGAUGCACGUGAAAGGAAAUGUUAAUAGUUCUGUUCGAAAGAUACCCGCUCAAGACAAACCUGUUAAAACUUACCUGCCACGUAGACAUAAAGUUUCAAAGCCGACCUGUCAGGAUAUCAAUUCCGAGGAAGUAACCAAGCAACGAGGUAAUAAUGAUCCACAAGGCAAGGCAUGCAAGCAUCAGAACAAGAGUCUAAAGUUUUCUAAGCCCGGCAUCGGUCAAAACAAAAAUCAACAAUCGAAGAUCAUUCCAGAAAAAAAUCUGCAGCGACCCAAAAUGGACCCUUUCCGAUUCCUGUUCAAAGCAUUCAGACAGAAACUAAAAUAACUAUGUUCUUAAUAAUGCUAAAAGCAACAAGGUGGGUUGAAUUGCUGUAUAGAAUAGCUAAACCAUUUCGUCCCUACUACGGACUUAGAAGACAGCGACAUCUGCAGGCACUUGUCACAAAAAAAAUAUAUAUUACAUUUUCAUCGAAUUUGAGAAUUGUGAAUAUGAUUUAUGAUAAUUUAUGCUAUGAUAUGUAAAAUUUUGUUUAUUUUGUUGACAAGAGUGCCUUAAUUUCUUAAUGUUCCAAAAAUUAAUUUAGAACCAAGACUUUUUUGUUUUUAUUCGUGUUUUUGAAAUAGCGAGGUUUAUAUCUUUUUUUCUUAACAUUUUAUAGAUUUUAUAUUUAUCCUCUCAUUUUUCUAUUUCUAGUCUUCCAUGAGGCUAAACGACAAACCGAGCCUACGUCUUGUAUGUAAUUUCUGAUUACAUGUAUCAGUUUUCUUCCUAGACUAAGAAGUAUUUUAUUAUAAACAUAUUACGAUUGACACUUAUUUUGCAUAGGUCUAUAUGUAACCGAGUAAUUUUCUCUUCAUAUUCUUAAGUACGUGCUUCUGUUUGGAAAAAAAAAAAACAACGUUGGUGAGACUUUUUAAAACGCUGAAGUCUAGAGUAAACAUUAAAUACUGAAGUCUAGAGUAAACGUUAAAUACUGAAGUCUAGAGUAAACAUUAAAUACUUAAGUCUAGAGUAACAUUAAAUACUGAAGUCUAGAGUAAACAUUAAAUAUUGAAGUCUAGAGUAAACAUUAAAUAUUGAAGUCUAGAGUAAACAUUAAAUACUUAAGUCUAAAGUAAACAUUAAAUACUUAAGUCUAGAGUAACAUUAAAUACUGAAGUCUAGAGUAAACAUUAAAUACUGAAGUCUAGAGUAAACAUUAAAUAUUGAAGUCUAGAGUAAACAUUAAAUAUUGAAGUCUAGAGUAAACAUUAAAUACUAAAGUCUAGAGUAAACAUUAAAUACUAAAGUCUAGAGUAAACAUUAAAUACUAAAGUCUAGAGUAAACAUUAAAUACUGAAGUCUAGAAUAAACAUUAAAUACUGAAGUCUAGAGUAAACAUUAAAUAUUGAAGUCUGGAGUAAACAUUAAAUAUUGAAGUCUGGAGUAAACAUUAAAUACUAUUUUGAAGUCGAUUUUACAUAUUUGUGGGGGGUCUUGUAAUAUACCUUUUAAAAUGUUUACGGUGUGACAAAGUAAAGACAAUUUUGAAGGCAGCUGUACGUGUAAGCAGCUGAAGGAUACUGUCAGAUACUGCCAACAAACAGUAGAUGUAGGUCAGCUGAAGGAUACUGCCAGAUACUACCAACAAACAGUAGAUGUAGGUCAGCUGAAGGAUACUGCCAGAUACUACCAACAAACAGUACAUGUAGGUCAGCUGAAGGAUACUGUCAGAUACGGCCAACAAACAGUAGAUGUAGGUCAGCUGAAGGAUACUGUCAGAUACGGCCAACAAACGGUAGAUGUAGGCCAGCGAAUGAUACUGUCAGAUACUGCCAACAGUAGAUGUAGGUCAGCUGAAGGACACUGUCAGAUACGGCCAACAAAGAGUAGAUGUAGGUCAGCGAAAGAUACUGUCAGAUACUGCCAACAGUAGAUGUAGGUCAGCUGAAGGACACUGUCAGAUACGGCCAACAAAGAGUAGAUGUAGGUCAGCGAAAGAUACUGUCAGAUACUGCCAACAAACAGUAGAUGUAGGUCAGCGAAAGGACACUGUCAGAUACUGCCAACAAACAGUAGAUGUAGGUCAGCGAAAGAUACUGUCAGCAGUAGAUGUAAGAUAGCGACGAAUACUGUCAGAUACAGUAAGUCAGUAAAGGAUACAUAACCAAUAGUAAAUGCAAGCUAGUGAAGGAUAUUGUCAGAUAUAGUGAACAAUAUAUAACAUGUUAGUAAAGAAUACUGUCAGUUAUAGCCAACAACAUAGAUGAUACUAUAGGAUAUAGUGAAGAAUCCAUACGAGUAUAGAAAACCGGUAAUCAUAGCCAAAGAUAUGUCUAACUCCUUGAAAUAUACUGUUAGAUAUAAUUAAUGAUAUAGGUAAGUUAGUAAUGGAUACUGUCAGAUAUAGCCAACAAUAUACGUAAAGCACAGAAAAUUACUGACAGAUACAUCUAAAAAUAUUUAAUGUCUCUUGGGGGAUAUUUUUAGAUGUAGUUAACAGUGUAAGUAAGUUAGUGAAUGUACUGAAAAUUUAAAACUAAAUGUACAUCACUAAAUCAUGCUUUCUGCCAUAACUAAGAAAAACUGUAAGGCACUGAAGGUUGCUAUUGGAUAUAAUCAACAAUAUACUUAUAUUAUCGAAUUACGUUGUAUGUUAUAGAUACGUCACAAAUAACGUGCCAAACGUCACCAUACGUGACACAAAGGUUGUCACAAAUAACAAAGUACAUUUAAUCCUAGUCUUCCCUUGUUUAGAGGAAUUUUGUUUAGGAAAAAAAUAGGAUAAAGGUAAUGUAGAUGUGUAAGGGGAAUUUCAUUCCUAUUGCACAUGAAUUAUAAACCUUUACUUUGAUUUUACUGUACCUAAUUCGUACAUUGAGAUUGGAAAUGAUUUAAUCACAAAUUGAUCUCAAUUUGGAUUUUUGAUAGUUUUUAUUCUAAGCGGGAAAAUUUAAACACUAAACAUGUUACGAGUGUUUUUUGUUUCUGUUUUCUGACAAAUAGCGAUAAUAUCAUCCGUACACAUUUCAUUAGGAAAGUUUAAUUAUUAAAAUAUAUAUUCUUUUAUCGGUCCAUUGACGGCUUGUUGACGCAUGCGCAGAACGAUGGACGCGUUUAUAUUUGUAUACCUAGGAUUCGUGACGUUAUGUAAACGUACUGAGUUAAGUUUAGGACACUUAUUGGUAGUAUACAGUUUAUUUUGUAUUUGUAUGUGACGUGUAGAAAAGAUUGUGGAAACUUCGGCAGCUAAGCCUAACACUUUAAGUUGUGCUUAACCCAUUCAGUCACGUCUCAAAGUCAAUGAAACUUCUUUGUUGUUGCUUUUUUUUCUCUCUCUCUCUGGAACGCUAGAUGUAUUAUUUUUCAGGUCUGUGCCUUAGUUUAAUGUAGAAUGAUUUGCUAUAUCCAGGGGAUUACAAACCCCCAUAGUAUUACAAAGUUGUUUUACUUGUGAGUUAUUUCUUAAGUUUUCUAUUGCUUGAUAGAUGGUCUUGUCUGUUUCAAUGAAGUAUAGAAAGUCCGAAUUCACACUAAAAUAUGAUUUCUUAAAACUUUCGAUAGAUCAAAAUUAUGAGAGUUCAUUUAUGUUGACAAAAUAUAAAUUUCUGUCCGGAAUGGUUGUUAAGCAAUAAGGUAAGUAUAGGCAAUAAACAAUGUCUUUAAAUAAAUGGGGAUUUAGAGAUAUGUCGUUUUUAGAUAUGAGUAUUCAGAUUGUAUGUAAAAAUUCGCUUUCAGUUAUUGGUGUUUUCAUGAUUCUUCGGUAUUGCGGAAGAUGUGUUUUAAGCUCUUGGACACAGAUUAGAUAUUACUAUACGUGAGAUGAAUGUCGAUUAAUGACUUUUAACAACUCUGCUCAAACUCGUACUCAUUUUGAUAAUGAACAGUUUUUUUAAGGACUGGGUAAGAUUCAAGAAAAGAUGUUUGAUGUGUCUUAUCACUGGAAUAGAUAUUACUUAAAAAAAAUAUAAGAAGUGACUUUGGAUAAUAAAACUUAAAUGUCGUGGAAAAUAGGAAAGUUUGAUGGAGAGUAGAACAUAGUUUUCAAACUUUCUCUCUAGAGUCUAGACAGAAACUUAGUCCUACGGGCAAGGUAUUAGAUGUGUCACUUUAUAUCCAGAAUAAUACAAAGUUCUGAGUUCAAGUUACAAAUGUAAAUUAUGAAUAAAAAAUGGAAAAACUG